UUUUUAUUGUCUUUCAGGAUUACAGACUGAUCUGAGCAUCUCAUCAAAAUCGGAAUCCAUGUUAGCUAGGUUGAGCCAAGAUAUGUUACUCUCGUGAUGCGCAACGCCCUUAUUCCUGUGAGCCGGGCGCCUUGCGCCACCAAGCCGAACUCGGAGAUGUACCACGCGAUUGUUUCCUUGCCAAAUAAACAGCAUCCCACAUCGCCAGGGUACUCAACCGCAUAACAACGCACUAAUCUUGCUAUCCAAAACAAUAAUCGCAAAAUAUCAUAAAUCAAAAUGCGCGUUGAUCCAAGUCCCAACCCAGUAACACACACCAAGCUACCCUACUCAGGGACAACCACACAUCACCUCAUAUCCUCAACAAACGGCCAGCACUAUGCAAUCCAGAUCUCUACGCCCCUCGACUGGGCCAAGACCCUCGACGUCCGCUCAAACAACAUCCCCGUGGUCUAUCUCCUAGACGGCAACACUGUGUUCCUCACUGCAUCGGAAAUAUGCUGGCGCGGGGAGAUGUCGCCCUUCUUCUGCGGGGGCGCCAUCGUCGUUGCGAUAGGAUACACGCACGACCCAACAGAGACAAAGUCACUGUACAAUAUCAUUGACCGGAGCUACGACUAUACGCUUCCCGAGAAAGAAAUCAAUGAAGCGGCAACAUCGAUCCGUACGGGAGGCGUGGACGAAUUCUUGGAUUUUGUCGAGCGCGACGUCAAGGCUUUGGUGCGCAGGGAGUUUCCCGAUAUUACUAUUGCCCGGGAGGCGUUCUUUGGGCAUUCGUUUGGCGCGCUAUGUGCGGUGCAUGCGCUGUUUACCGGUCGCGCGAAGUUUGAUGUUUAUUAUGCUUGCAGUCCGUCGAUCUGGUGGGCGGAGGAAAGUGUCUUGGAGGAAGAGGCUCGAUUUUUGGGAAAGGAGAUUGUAGACAGCGGUAAGGGUUUACCAGAGCUGCAAUUGAUGUAUGGGUCUUUGGAGUUGACGCCGAUACGGCGAUCCAGAGAGUCAGACGAGCGGUGGGAGGAGAGGAGGCAGACAGCUGAAGCGCGGAGAAUGGGCGGAAAUAUCGACGAUAUGUACGAACGGCUAAAACGUUCGACUAAGUUCAGCAAGUUGGGAAAAUAUGUCUUUGAAGGAGAUCACCAUGGCUCAGUUGUUAACAGCGCUCUGGGAAGAUGUUUGACAGCAUUUUUGGAAGAAGAGUGAGCAGAUCGCCAUUGCAAAGAGGCUGUAUUAAGAGCACAAUUGGCCAUACUAGGUCAUUCAAAUAGACUACAUUUUCAAGUGCUCCGGGCGAAGGCAUUGCCAGUGCACGCAGGAAAAACAUUUCUCAUUUGACUACUUCAAACACAACGGAACACAAUCCGUCAAGG